CCAACGUCACUAAACCGUCCCUGUCAAAAAUGACUAAGCCUAAUAUCUUAGUCGCUCCACGUCUCCCCUUUGUGCCCCUCGACCCUGUGGCUUGUACCUGGCCAAAUAGUCAAAGGGAGAAAAAGAUUCCAACGGGGGUAAAAAGCUGGGGAUUUGUCCAACGCGUUGCCCUUUUUUCCAUUUCUCACAUUCUACGACUCUCGAUAUCGUUGGAACGUACUCUCUCUUCCGCUAAACCGACCAUACGCCUCUCGUUUCCGAAUUCGACAGCUAGACCCAUUGCUCCCCGAAGCACCCCAGCGCUGAUCCCCGUUUCAACUUCCACGAUCGUUUCGUCGACCGUCCCGUCGGUACAAUGACCGAUAAGAAGAACGAGGACUACGUCGUCCGUAUGGGCGACGAUAACUACGACAAGAAUGAGAAGCCUAGCUUCCAGCCUCGGUCACCGCCUCCAAUGGCGUACGGCUCAAGUCAACUCCACAGUCUCGAACAACUGGAAAAGAGUCCGCCAUUGUCUAUCGCGGCGUACUGUCUGUCCUCGAUCAGUAUGACCGUUGUAAACAAGUAUGUUGUUUCAGGCAGUUUCUGGAACCUCAACUUUUUCUACUUGACUGUUCAGGCUGUUGUUUGUAUUGGCACAAUCACCUUGUGCAAGCAGCUGGGCAUGAUCAAGGUUCUCGCUCCUUUCGACGCCGAUCGAGCAAGGAAAUGGUUUCCUAUUUCUCUUCUCCUCGUCGGCAUGAUUUACACCAGUACCAAGUCGCUCCAGUUCCUUUCAGUCCCCGUUUAUACGAUCUUCAAGAACCUGACAAUUAUUGUGAUCGCGUAUGGCGAGGUGCUUUGGUUCGGUGGUAGCGUUACCCCCCUGGCCCUGCUUUCGUUCGGUCUUAUGGUCCUGAGCUCAAUCGUCGCCGCUUGGGCUGAUAUUCAGAGUGCCAUCAACGGCGAUUUUGGCACUGGCGACUCUGCUGCUGCUGUGUCUACGCUUAAUGCCGGUUAUGCUUGGAUGGGCAUGAAUGUGUUCUGCAGCGCGGCUUACGUACUCGGUAUGCGCAAAGUUAUCAAGAAGAUGAACUUCAAGGAUUGGGACACCAUGUACUACAACAAUCUUCUCACGAUCCCUGUUCUUGUCAUCUGCUCUCUCCUGACAGAGGAUUGGUCCGCUUACAAUUUCUCUCGCAACUUUCCUGACGAUACACGCAACAAGAUCAUUAUUGGCAUGAUCUACUCCGGCCUUGCUGCUAUCUUUAUCUCUUACUGCUCUGCCUGGUGCAUUCGUGUUACCUCGUCAACAACAUACUCCAUGGUUGGCGCCUUGAACAAGCUUCCUAUCGCAAUUAGCGGUCUGAUCUUCUUCUCGGCUCCCGUCACUUUCGGCAGUGUGUCUGCCAUUUUCAUCGGUUUCAUCAGUGGUCUUGUCUAUGCUUGGUCUCGUGUGCGACAGUCGAUGUCGUCCGGGGGUUCUUUGCCCACCGUGGCACCUCCAAUGAGCGCUAGCGCCAAGAGCAACCGUGAUGCCAACUCUUAGACUUUAUGAAUCAAGGCGCGGCAUUUGAGAGUAUGUGUUGCGCAAGGCGUUAGUGAUGUGAAUAGAUAGUGGCUUCUGUGACGGAUACGGAGCAAAAGGAUACAGGGCAUUUGGUAGAGCCUGGUCCAUGAUUUAAGACGUGUAGACUUUUAAUGAACGCAAAAUCGCGGGUUGCUUCUUGUAACUAAUAGUGAAGAGAGUUCAGGACAUGCUGAAGGCAUCUUUGUUUCAACUUUGGCUGUUGGGUUGUAUCUUAAAGAUGAUGACAGAUAUACCAUCCCACCACGCUCGAGAUGUCUUGGAAAAGAAAUCCACCUAUGCUAAAUAAGAAGAGAAACAUACUCUGUUAUCAUUGGU